AUGACGCUCUUCGCCGCUGGUUAUAACGGCACCAUAGUCCCUUACUCUGUCCACGCUGAAGACGGCAAGCUAGCUCAAAUCUCGCAAGGCGUCCAAGCCAACUCUUCGGGAACCUCUCCCUCGUGGAUUUCCUAUUCUUCGCGCGACGCGCACUUCCCCUCGUCUUCCUCCUCUUCCAACGAGGGCGACAAGGGCACGCUGUAUGCGGUGACCGACCUGUACUCGGUCGACGAGAGCUCGCCCGGACGCAUCUUUUCACACACCUACGAUGCCUCGACCGGAUCCAUCGCGCAAACGGGCAAGACGAGUGCUCAGCGAACCGCGGGUACGAGCAGCGGCGGCGACGGGCCCGUGAGCUGCCUCAUCGGUCACGGCCCAAGCAAAGGAUUGCUGUUUGUGGCCAACUACAACUCUGGCUCUGCGGCUGUGCUUUCGAUCAACGACGUUGAUGGGACGCUGUCCGAGCCGAAACAGGUGUUUCAGUUCACGCGACCGGCGGGGCAGCCCAAGGUGGGGCCCGUGGCGGAUCGACAGGACCACUCGUAUGCGCACCAGGUGAGCAUCUCCCCCUCGGGACGCUGGGUGUACGUCUGCGAUCUGGGCGCCGACCAGAUCCACCACCUCCGCAUUCAUCAGGGUCAAGUCGAGUUCACAGGCAGCACCGACGUCAAAGUCGGCUCGGGACCGCGACAUGUUACGUUCUACCGCGACACGUCAGGAAAGACGUGGGCAUAUCUCGCUUCCGAGCUGGACAACACCGUCUCGGCAUUCAGCGUCGACGAGCACUCGGGCCGACUCGAGCUGAUUGCAAAACCCGUCCUCGCCUCUCCCCCCGGCGUGCCCCUCAGCGGCGAAGGCAUCCUCCCCACAAACCGCACCACCGCCGAGAUCGCUGCCGUCCCCACCGGCGACUACGUGUACGUCUCCAACCGUGGCGACACCCGACAGGACCAUAUCACCAUCUUCAAACGCAACCCCACCACGGGCGAGCUCACCUUCCAAGAGUGGGUACAGAGCGGCGGGCGCAUGCCGCGACACUUCAGCCUCAGCUCGGAUACGGGUAAUGACGAGCAGGCGAGGUGGUUGGUCGUGGGGCAUCAGACCGAUCAGAAUCUGGUGGUUUUCAGCAGGGAUGUGGUGACGGGCGGAUUGGUCAAGGUGAAUGAAAGGAAGGAUGUCGGUCAGGUGGCGUUUGCCGGGUUUUCGCCAUUCUAA